GCGAGCAGCGGGCGCAUCAUCGUGUGAGCCGCACGUUCGCCUCAUGCAUGCGUACCGUCCUUUACACGCGUGGAGCAGCGGGCGCGUCUUCGUCUCCUGUGCCAUCGUACAGCAGUGUUCGCAUCUUGGACUCCGGUGUUCUUUGUCGACGACGGCAGGGUUCCGUAGCGGGCGUGUCUGAGGCGGCUGUCGAAGGCGUGACGCGGCAAACCGUGCGAAGAUUGCCAGAGAUGGACAGUCACGGCUGCUCAAACGGUCUUUGCGAAGAAGAGAUCGACACCGUGGCGAUGGCGGUGACUGCCAUCGUCGUGAACACGAUGGGCGACUUGGAGUCCUCGUCGCGCGACAUGUUGAUGCGGCUCCGCCAACGAAGAGCGCUGUUGCAGAGCGUUGUAGAGGCGCCGGAUUGCGCGGCGACGUGUGAGGCAGUCGUCCAUUUGUGUGCCGCGCUGUCGUCUGGCGUUUUCCCGCGGCAGACUCCGCGGUGGUGGAUUAGACGACGGACUGGCGGGACAUGGGAGGACCUCCGGCUUCGGGACGACGCGACGGAUGAGUGCUUCCGGCAGAAGCUGCGCAUGUCGAUGGCCAUGUUCAACCAGAUCGUAGCCGCAUGCGCCGCGUGGGCGUCCGGAGAGACGUACGAGAGCGGCACGUCAGCAUUCGGCAUCGGCAGGGCAACUACACUGCAGGCCGUUCGCGAUGUCACUUCGGCGCUGCUGCAGGCGUACCCCGACUCGAUAAAGUGGCCAGUGGGCAGGAGACGUGCGCAGAUUCUGCGCGCUUUCCGUGAGAAGGGUUUCCCAAACUGCUUCGGCGCUAUCGACUGUACACCCAUCUACACUGACAAGCCCGCCGGUGCACCUUCCGAGAACUACUACGACCGCAAACAGAAGUUCUCCGUGCAGGCGCAGGUGGUUGUGGAUUUGGAUCUGCGGAUCCUGGACGUCCACGUGGGAUACCCUGGAAGUGUGCACGACGUCCGUGUCCUGCACAAUUCGCAGUUGUUUAGGCGUGCAGAAAGUGGCGAGCUGUUCGACGCGACUCCGGAGAAUCUGCCGCACGGUGUCAUCACGCGAGGCUACCUGUUGGGCGACAACGGUUAUCCAGUUGCCUGUCCGUGGAUUGUGCAGCCGUACGGAGGGAUCGACCAAGAUGCUGACGAGGAGCGCUUCGACAUGCGGCAAAAGGUGGCACGGGGGUGUGUGGAGAGGGCAUUCGGCCGACUCAAGUGCAUGUGGUGUCUGUUCUUGCGCACCCACAAGUCGAACCUGGACACCUUGCCACAGCAAUUCGUGGCUGUCUGCACUCUCCACAAUAUCCUCCUGGACGCGGGGAUCGACUAUGACGAGAACCUUCUGUGGGAGGUGGAUGCGAACGGCGUUCCGCGUAGAGUGGACCUGGGCAUUGUGGGGAACGGGGCACGCGGGCGGGGACGGUGCACAAACGCGGAAGGGGAAUUGUUGAGGGAUGCACUGCGAGACCGCCUAGCUUUGAUGUAGGACCGUGCGGUCGGGAGGUCGGGGGGGGGGGGGGGGGGGGGAUGGUUGCACAUGGGGUGGUUCACACAGGGUGGUUUGAUUGGUAGGCGGCUGGAGUUAUGACGUGGUCCCUGUCCAUGGUUGUUGUGCGCGCGGUUGGUGGGUCGAUGGAAUGGCGGCAUGGUUGUCGUCGACGAGUUCACAUUAUCAUUUUCAUGCUGUUGAUGGCUACCUGGUUCGCACAAUUGUGUGAAGUUUUAACAUUGGAAGAACCUUUUUUUUUGCUUGUGUGUGUCCUCGUAAUUAUGACUUCUGUUUUUUUUUUUUUUUUUUCCUGCCUUCAAAUCGUUUGUAAUGAACGGUGUCGUGCGAU